AUGUUUAGAGCGGACAUCAAGCACUUUGUGAGCGAGCGGAAGUUCGAUGAGGAGCUGGGCCGGGCCGGGCGCUUCGGCUGUGACCUGGAGGCGCUCAGGGGCAGCAUCGGAGCCUUCGGCCAAGUUUCCCACCCCAGGCCGAGCUAUUCCAGCCGCUCCCGCUGCAGCUCCAGCCCCGCGUUCCCCACGGGAUUGGCUCCGGGAUCAUCCCCGGCAUUCCCGGGAUCAGCAGCACCACCGAUGGGAUCGGCCCCCAGAUCCCCCCCAGAAUUCCCGGGAUCAUCCCCAGCAUUCCCAGGAUCCCCCGAGGGCAGCGCGGCCCCAGCGGAGCCACAGCCCCCCCAGAGGAGCCGGAAGCCGCCGGGAGCAGCCGGACCCCGCCCAUCCCCCCAGAACCCCCCGGGAAUUCCCAAAAACCCUGGAAUUCCCAAAAACCCCCGGAGCCGCCGGGAGCCGCCAGGAAAGCCCCGCAGGAGCCGCCCCGAGGGUGCCAGUUCCUGAGGCCCCCCUGGAAUUCGGGAUCGGGAUUUGGGAUCCCAUCCCGGGAACGUUUACAAUUCCCACUUCUGUGCCAUUUCCCCUCUUUUUCCUUUUUUUUUUUCCUUCUCUUUUCUUAUCUCCCUUUUCCCGAGCUUUUCCUGCCGGGAUUUUUGGCCUUUUCCACCCAGUUCCCAAAAUCCCAACCCCGGUCUCGCGCUGGCAGCGAGGGAAGAGCCGGGACAGGGAAUGGGGGGGAAAUUUGGGAUUUGGGGGUUCCCAAAAUCUGUGAAUUUGGGAUGUUCCCUGUGGGAUCUGGGGGUGCCCCUUCCUUUCCUGACGCCCCCAAAACCUGGGAAUGUUCCCUUUUAAAUUUGGGAGUGUUCCUCUGGGAUUUAGGGAUGUCCCUUCUGUGUCCUCCCCAGAAUUUGGGAUUUCCCCUUGGAAUUCAGGGUGUCCCUCUCACCCCCCAACACUCGGGAUUUUCAGAGUUUCUCGGGAAUUUAUUUCAAGAAUUUCCUCCCCAAACCCCAAUCCCAGCCCCAGAUUUCCAGGAUUUUUUUGGGAAUUUUUGGGACAACGGAGGAAGUUCCCCAGUUUUCUGUUCCCCCUCCCUUUUUUUUCCCAUCUUUUUUCCAAGGUUUUUUUUUGGGAAUU